CAUGUCUGUGUUCUGAGCGUGGGGGUUUGUGGCCCUGACGUCACUGCCCCACGUCUCUCUCCGAGGAGAUGGCUGGAAGGAGGAGGGGCUGGCCGGUGCGCCAAGCUGGCCUCUCCCUGUGACCGAAAACACCCCGAGAGGCACCCGAGUCCCCAGGCCAGGGCGUUAGGGGCUCCCUGGAAUUCAUGUCCCUGUAGCACAAUGACAGUAGGUCCUCGGUGACGUCGGAGAUCCGUUCCUACAACAUAACGCGAUUUUCGCCGUGAGUCGGAACCCACCUCCAUAAGCACCUACGUCACCCACAUGGAGCACAGACACAGCGGUAAUGAAGGGAAACAGUACAAGAAUUUAAAAGAAAGAUAACAAUUCCUGACCUUUACUUGUGGUAAAUAAAUAAUAAAAAACAUAAGACACAUGUGUACACACGUCAAAAUGACAGAAAUUUUUUUUUAUAAAUAAAUGGGAGAUGGCGACGCAACCAGGAAAUGGAAGACUCAGGAGAUGCACUUAGUUGACUUGGGUGAGGCCAUCCCCGCCUGGUGACUCAGUUUCUCCCUGUCCAUUAGGGCUAGCUGAUCGCUGGGGUCCCUGCAGCCCUGACACGCGGGGAAAAGAAGAAAUUCCUGCCCCCCGCGUCCCGGAAGGACCCCAAAUUUGAAGAACUGCAGAAGGUGCUGAUGGAGUGGAUCAACGCCCAGCUCCUCCCCGAGCACAUUGUGGUCCGGAGCCUGGAGGAGGACGUGUUCGACGGGCUCAUCCUGCACCACCUUUUCCAGAAGCUGGCGGGGACCAAGCUGGACGUGGAGGAGAUCGCCUUGACCGCCAUGAGCCAGAGGCGCAAGCUCGAGGUGGUCCUGGAGGCCACCAACCGCUGCCUGCAGGUGGAGCAGCCCAAGUGGAGCGUGGACGCCAUCUUUAACAAGGACCUGCUGGCCACCUUGCAUCUCCUCCUGGCCCUGGCCAAGCGCUUCCAGGCCGACCUGCCCCUCCCACCCAACGUGCAGGUGGAGGUGAUCACCAUGGAGAGCACCAAGAGCGGCCUGAAGUCGGAGAAGUCCGUGGAGCAGCUCACCGAGUGCAGCGCAGACAAGGACCGAGCUGCAAAGGACGUCUUCGAUGAGUUGUUCAGUCUGGCUCCCGAGAAGGUGGGCGCCGUGAAGGAGGCCAUCGUGACCUUCGUCAACCAGAAGGUGGAGCGCCUGGGCCUGUCCGUGCAGAACCUGGACGCCCAGUUUGCAGAUGGCGUCAUCUUACUCCUGCUGAUUGGACAACUGGAGGGCUUCUUCCUGCACCUGAAGGAAUUCUACCUCACGCCCAACUCCCCCGCGGAGAUGCUGCACAAUGUCACCCUGGCCCUGGAGCUGCUGAAGGACGAAGGCCUGCUCGACUACCCUGUCAGCCCCGAAGACAUCGUGAACAAGGACAGCAAGAGCACGCUGCGGGUCCUCUACAGCCUCUUCUGCAAGCACAAGCUGAAGGACGGCCCGGACAGGGGGCCCCGGGGACCCCCGAGUUAACCGUCACCGCCCCAGCUGCUGCUCAGCCGCCUCCCCGGCCCAGGCCCGCCCCCUCCGUUUCCUUCUGCUUGAGAACCUCUGAACCACUAGACGUGGAUCCGUUUUGAGCCAACCUUUGGCCUCGCUCAGUUUAUUUUAA